GCAAGGGUACACUACGAAGAAGUAAUUUAAAAUCUAUCAAAUGUUUUCUUACAAUUAAUAUAAGAUAUAUAUGUUAUAUCAAGUCAGAUUACGCUAUAAAAUUUGUAAAAAAAGAAUUGUCGUACAAUGCACGUUUGCUAUAAUUUUCUUAUCGAUCUGUAUAGUGUAGCAGGGGAUAUGUACGAGCGUUCUUGAGAGCCACCUCCUUUAUCCCCACUACUAUCCUCGCUCGAGUCCCGGGAUGGAAUCAAUAUGAAAGCUCCCGCGAAGCUUCCGUCUUCGAUGAAAAGCACUUUAACACGGACAAUAAGAUUGGUCGUGAGUUCGAUAGACUUCCUUUGCCUAUAAUAAUGAUCGAGUGUUCGCACCAAGUAGUUCGUCGAUUUAUUUGAAGGAUUGAUCGUUUCGAGUGAACGCACUCUCACGCGGGAAAGAAAGUUAAAGGAGAAUUUUUCGGAAGGGGUGAAAAUAACGUCCCUUUAAUCGAGUUCAAAAUAGGGCUGGUGUAAAGAGAGAAUGAAGGGUACGAAAAAAGUGCGCUUCUCAAGAUCGCGUUCAUUGGGUGUGUCAUAGGGAUAAUUUUAAAGAUACGAAAAGAGAAAUAGAAGAAAGAAAUAAAGAGAGAAAGAUUUAGCAACAGAAUGUUGAUCCUAAUGAUCACCAUUUUAACAGUAGCUCGUACGAUCAUCGCUUCGUUACCACCUUCUGAUGAGAACGACAAUGUCCUUCAUAUCGGUGGUAUUUUCCCGAUAAAUGGAGAGGGUGGCUGGCAGGGUGGUCAGGCAUGUAUGCCAGCCGUGAAUUUGGCAUUAGAUGACGUUAAUCGUGAAAAGAAUUUGUUGCCUGGUUUCAUUCUGAAAUUACACUCAAAUGACAGCGAGUGCGAACCUGGCCUUGGUGCCUCGGUAAUGUACAAUUUGCUCUACUACAAGCCGCAUAAACUGAUGCUCUUGGCCGGAUGUAGCACGGUUUGUACCACUGUUGCUGAAGCAGCAAAAAUGUGGAACUUGGUUGUCCUAUGUUAUGGUGCCUCGUCGCCAGCUUUAUCAGACAGGAAUCGAUUCCCGACUUUAUUCAGGACACAUCCAUCCGCCACCGUGCAUAACCCCACGAGAAUCAAACUCCUACAAAAAUUCGGCUGGUCGCGUGUUGCCAUAUUGCAGCAAGCCGAGGAAGUGUUCAUUUCUACAGUAGAAGAUCUAGAAGCACGCUGUAAAGAAGCAGGAAUAGAAAUAGUCACACGUCAGAGCUUCCUCUCUGAUCCUUCGGACGCUGUGAGGAAUCUACGUAGACAAGAUGCUAGAAUAAUUGUCGGUCUCUUUUAUGUAGUAGCUGCGAGAAGAGUACUCUGUGAAUUGUAUCGUCACAAUCUUUAUGGGAAGAGUUACGUUUGGUUUUUCAUCGGAUGGUAUGAGGACAAUUGGUUCGAGGUGAAUCUCGAUAAGGAGAAUAUCGUUUGUACUAAGGAACAAAUGAGACAAGCUGCUGAAGGUCAUUUAACGACCGAGGCUCUCAUGUGGAAUCAAAAUAACGAUACGACUAUCAGCGGUAUGACGUCGGAAGAUUUCAGACAAAGAUUGAACAAAAUGUUGAAGGACGAUGGAUAUGAGAUCGAUAACAAUCGGUAUCCCGAAGGUUAUCAGGAAGCUCCACUCGCGUACGACGCUGUUUGGUCUGUAGCAUUAGCCUUUAACAAAACUAUGGAGAAGUUAAGUAAACUCGGCAAGAGCUUGAAGAACUUUACCUACACCGACAAGGAAAUCGCCGAUGAGAUUUAUUCGGCUAUCAACUCGACGCAAUUUCUAGGAGUUUCCGGAUACGUAGCUUUUAGUUCGCAAGGUGACAGGAUUGCAUUGACACAAAUCGAGCAAGUAAUCGAUGGAAAGUACGUUAAGUUAGGAUAUUAUGAUACGCAAAGCGACAAUCUUACAUGGCGAAACAUGGAGCGUUGGAUAGGUGGAAAAGUACCUCAAGAUAGAACGAUAGUAAGGACGGUGCUAAGAACGGUAUCACUGCCUUUAUUCAUAUGUAUGGGAACUAUAUCGUCUGUCGGGAUUGUUAUAGCUAUUGUAUUGAUUAUUUUUAACGUCUGGAAUAGGCAUCGAAGGGUGAUUAUGUCUUCUCAUCCGGUAUGUAACACGAUCAUGCUGGCGGGUGUGAUAGCCUGUUUCAUAUCUGUAUUUCUUCUUGGAAUCGAUGGCAGAUUCGUUUCACCAGGUGAAUAUCCAGGAGUUUGUCAGGCGAGAGCCUGGAUGUUAUCCACCGGUUUUACUCUUGCGUUCGGUGCUAUGUUCAGUAAAGUAUGGCGAGUUCACAGACUCACUACUAAAACGAAAGCCGAUCAGGCGAAGUUAUUCAUGGCUAAACAAAAAGUUUCGUCUAUACAGAAGAAGAUUCAACCGUGGAAGCUGUAUACGAUGGUAAGCGGAUUAUUGGCAAUCGACAUCGUACUGCUUAGCACAUGGCAAGGGUUCCAUCCUUUGCAAAGACAAAUCGAGGUUUUCCCAUUGGAAUCACCUCCAACCGGAGACGACGAUGCGAGAAUAAGACCAGAAUUAGAGCAUUGCGAGAGCGAACAUAAUAGCAUAUGGCUGGGGAUGAUCUAUGGUUACAAAGGUGUUAUACUGGUCUUUGGAUUAUUCUUAGCAUACGAAACGAGGAGUAUCAAAGUGAAACAAAUCAAUGAUUCUAGAUACGUAGGCAUGUCAAUUUAUAACGUAGUUGUAUUAUGCCUGAUAACUGCCCCUGUUACAAUGGUUAUAGCCAGUCAACAAGAUGCCAGUUUUGCUUUCGUAGCAUUAGCAAUUAUAUUUUGUUGCUUUCUCAGCAUGGCGUUGAUCUUUGUACCGAAGGUAAUAGAAGUGAUUAGACAUCCUAGGGACAAGGCAGAAUCAAAAUAUAAUCCUGACGUAGGAUUGUCAAAGGAGGACGAAGAAAAAUAUCAAAAAUUAUUGAGUGAGAAUGAUGAACUACAAAAACUCAUUGCCGAGAAGGAAGAGAAAAUAAAGCUUUUGAAACAGAAGCUUGCCGAACGUGAUGCAUUGAAAGGAGGGGGUGGAAAUAUUGGAAAGGAUUCCUUGAUCGUAGCCGAUUUUGUAACCGGCGAGGGAACUUCGGACAGUGCAAUCGGUGGGGGUAUUUCUGUUAAUACAAGAUCCUCGCGAGCUUCCGCUUCCGAUUUUGAGUUGUCGGAAUCGUAUUUAUAAACCCCAAUCAAUUCAACCUCAUUUCAUUCGGAGACGUUUCGAGUAGACCAAAGUUUUGUGUAUUUUUUUUGACCAAAACUAUGGUAUCAUGCAAUAGUCAUUGUCGGCGGUAUUCCACGUAUGUACCACAAAUAAAAGAUACUGUUACCUCUCAAGAAAAAGGUAAGAGAAAGAAAAUAAUAGUAAAGGAAAAAGUCGAAUUUUGUGUUAAAAUUAGUAAGCAUGCGAUGCUCGACGUCUACUUGCCUAGAUUCGUACGAAUGCUACUUCUACGAAAACGUAUUCUAGAUUUCUAUAUUCGUGUAAAUGUGUAAAUGUUGAACCGUCUGAAGUAUCCGAUAUCGCCCAUGCGCGUAAAUACGUGGUCGAAUUCGUAACUUCGUGUAAGUAGAAAACUCGAUUAAACGUCAUUUGAAAUUCUAAUUUGAUGAUGAAUGGAUCAAAUCUCGGCCUAGACCAUUUCAAGCCGUUCUCUCGCCCUUUCUCUUUCUCUAUAACGACUACAGUAUUCUUUUUCCAAGUUAUUAUACGGUUGGAGAUGAAAGAUAAAAUAUUCGAUACGAUAUGAAAUAUUUGAAUCGAUGCUCGAAAAUGAUGCAUACGCAAUAUACAAAAUAAUACAAAGUAUCAAACAAAAAAAAGAAACAUACAGACCAUAGCACAAUUUCUCAUUUGAUAUUACCUUAUGGAAUUCAAUCUUAAGGACCAACCAUACAUGUUAAAUAUAUUCCUUGAUCGAAAUAUUGAUUUUCGAUAUCUGAUAUACACCUAUAUAUUAUUUUGGACGAUUUUUCAUUUAUAAAUGUAGGAGCAAGCACCUCCAUUUCUAAUAAGUAGGCAUUCGUGAGAAGGUUGACCUGAGGGUUUGGAUAAUUUAAUGGUUAGAAAAUCGAAAGAUCUGGGUUCGAAUCACCUAUCAAAUUACCCAAGGGUCCAACUUUUUUUUGCAAAUCCUACAUAAAAUGUAAAUUUGUAAUUAUUCAAAUUACUGACCAGGUCAAAAAUUCCCCGGGUCCAAACAAAUAACUUAUAUCCGAUCGUUUCUUGACGAUAGAAUUCGACAGAAGAUACAAAAUAUUUAUUUAUUUAUUCUUGCAUAAUCGAAAGUUGAAUCUAUACAAAUAGGAUAAAGAGAUGUGGUAGGUUUCUUUGUCACCAAAACGAAUUUCUAUCUCUGUGACAUCAAAUAUCGUUUAUUACUGAACAGAUAAAUUAUGUGAAACAAUUGCAGUUAAAUCUCGUUAGACAAUACUCGUUAUUCUUUAUUUGCUAACCGAUGUAAACCUCAUGAAGUCUGCUCCCAAAUUUUGUAACGUUUAAAUUUAAUGCUUUCGCGCUAACAAUUGAUAUUGCUAAUUAUUUGCAAGUAAAACAAAUAUUGACAAAAAAAAAUGCUAACGAGAUUUAAACGCUAGUCCGACCAUUCAUAAAUAAUUUGGGAGUCUUGAUGAGGUAUGUUAUUGUAAUUUUAUCGUCCACGAUAUAAAUAUUUCUUAUUUUAUAAAGAAAUUCACAUUAUACAUUUGAUACUUGCAUUAUUAUUUAUGAAUGGCUAUACUUCUUUAGGAUUUUCUCGCUAUAUUUCAAGGAUAUGGUUUCUGACUUCUUGUUUCUAGAUACGGACAACAUCGGCUGAUUACAAGAAUAUCAUCAGCUACAAUGUCAAAGCAAUAUGCACGAACGGGCUAAAAGUUUACGACAAAGCUAUCUUCUAAAAUUUAGUAUUAAGCAUAUCUGUGCAAUCUUUACUCGAUUUUAAAAGCUUUUUUUUUUUGUAUUGGGCAGGAACAAAUGUUAUCCAUAAUUCCGAAAUACAAUUUUAUUAGUUAAUAUGGUAAGAACUGUCCACUCUCAUAAUUGUAUAAUUUACUAAAAAAAGAAGAACUGUUUCGCAUCUCUAAAACGUGAUAACGCGAUUUAACUGCAAUUUGCAAAUUAUUGUUAUUAUCCUCAUCGUCGUCGUCGUCGUCAUCGUCGUCGUUGUCGUCGUCGUCAUUAUCAUCAUCAUUACUAUCAUCAUCGUUAUCAACAUCAUUAUCAUUAUCAUCAUCAUUAUUAUCGUGUACGUACAACGUAGAUUAAAACGUAAACUAUAAAUACAAAAGUUGAAACGUGCGUGUUUUAUCGAUUGAUCUGCGCUUUCUUUAGAAAUUUCAUUAAAAAAAUAAUUAAUUUCGUUAUAUCGUGAGCAUAUCCACAAUAUUUUUUAUUGUAUCUCAUUUAUUUAGGGUCAAGUAAACAACAUGCUCAAAUUGUAUAUUUAUGAUAGCAUUAUCAAAAUGUUGAAGAAAGUAUCUUAUAUGUACGUUGGUAUAUGUGAAGAUAUUUAUUUUUAAGUUUUUCAAUUAUAAACUUCGUUAAAAACUC